GAGGCCCGAGCACCAUCCAAGGGAGUCACCAAGGCAGGCGAGUUCCCCCAGCAGGGAAAAUAAAAUGCCGGGUGUCUCCUGACACGUCAGAACCCGAUUUCCAAAAGAUCGGACAAAGAGGAAAUAAAAUUUAGCACGGUGGACUGCUCUAGAAGAUAUGUUUGUCAAUGGCAUUUUUCCACAUAUCAUACCACCAACAUGAGAACAAAAUGAUUACUGUUGAUUUGAAGCUUGGAAAAUGAGCAGGCGGACUUGCUGGCUCUGUAAGAUCUGCGGAGCUGCACCGGAGAACCCCCUUUCGAACCUUACCAUGGAGGAACUCCUACAGUGGGCCCAGUCAUUCGAAAAGUUGAUGGCUACAAAGUAUGGCCCAGUGGCCUACGCAGCGUAUCUGAAGACGGAACACAGUGAGGAGAACAUUCAGUUCUGGGUGGCGUGUGAGACCUACAAGAAAAUUGCCUCCCGACGGAGCAGGAUGUAUCAGGCCAAGAGGCUUUAUAAGGUUUACAUCCAGCCACAGUCCCCGAGAGAGAUUAACAUUGACAGUUCGACCAGAGAAGCCAUCAUCAGGGACAUUCAAGAACCCACCCAAACGUGCUUUGAGGAGGCUCAGAAGAUAGUGUACAUGCACAUGGCGAGAGACUCGUACCCGCGGUUCCUAAAGUCAGAAAUGUACCAGAAACUUCUGAAGUCGAUCCAGUCCAACAACUCCUGACAACCACUCAAAAGCUUCCACUGAAGACAGUCCACUGAAAGUAUUGGCUUUGUCGUUUUUUUGGGUUUUUUUAUCCUCACCCGAGGACAUUCCUGCAUUUAUUUUCAGAGAGAGUGGGAGGGAGAGAG